UGCCGCGUGGGGACAUUUCGGCACUGUUAUGCAACAAAAACCUAUACGCUCUGUAUAUCAAGUGAAGCUACUGCCAUGCGGAACACUGUGAGAGGCCGGUACAGUGCCUAGUUCUGGUCAGUGCGGGGCGGCUCUGAAGCGCAAGUAAAUGACAACUAUGCUCCGCACUGCCACGCUGAUAAAAGACGACCUCGCACAUGGGAAAGCCAGCCACCACCACAGUCUUCCCGGAGCGUUCGCGCAAGACAUUAGUGUCAGUGACCGUUGCUUCUCCUUGCAAGACUUAACUUUCACUCGACUGAAUGAAUUUCUGAUUUUUUUUCUAACAUAGUACAGUUGUAAGUGUUCACUAUUUUUUUUUCUCCGUAAAGACAUUGCAGUGAACGAUGAAAGAGAUUUCAUUGACGAUUUUUGUGAUGGCGCUGGUGCUUGUGGAGGGAGACCGUCCGGCUGGUAUCGAACAGUACCAAUCUACUCUAGUCCCGAAGGAUACUGGCUGGAAACCUGAGAAACAAAAUAUGCAAGACGAGCUCCUUGGGAGGUGGAAGAGUCGCGAUGAGCAGCCACGCCUUGGGUCCCUCGAGCGAGUGCCGAGAUCAGCGAAGCCUUUGGAGACCAUGUGUGACUGUUUCCGCGGGUUAGCGUCUCUUUCUACCUGCAGGUCACUUAUCAAUGAGUCUGUGGCAGUCAUUAUCGACGGGAAGUGUGGCAAUGGCGCACAGUUGUUACGGCCUUUUGAUGAGCAAGACAAGGACAACCUAACUUUGUCAUCUUCCUCUUUUCUUGACGACUCGGGGUGUAAGAGCGCGGAACUGCUUGUGGUGGAGUCUUCAGGCGAGGAAAGAGACCUGCAUCUCAAGGACAAGGCUUACGUGUGGCUGUGUUCCAACAGCCUUGGCACUUCCCUCCAAAAGCUCGUCAUCACAGAUGUGGAUGAGGUCAAGAUGGCUGCAAGAGUUCUCGCCCACAGAGUCACGGAUUUCACUUUGAGCGUGGAAGGCACGUUCGAAGAUUUGACUUUCCCUCAAGAAGCACUGGUCGUGGAAACUGAAGAAAUCAUAAAUGCUGAUGAUGUGUCCAAUAAACACAUGGAAAGUAUCCUGGGAUAUCGUCAUUUUCCGCAAAUAAAUGUGUUAGUAAGUAAUGCCAACUUUGUAACGUUUAAAACCAAAAGUGUAUUAGCGCCUUAUGUGUGGGUGAAGGUGCAGCUCACAAGAAAACUGGUAGUAGAAACGGACGGCAUGGAAGCCGUCCUAAACUUGGCCCUUCGUGUCUCCUUAACAAUAGCCUUAGAAAUGAACAUCAAAGCUGUAGCUGUCAACAAGCUGCAGGUGAUUAACGUCCCUGCUUUUCUGUUACGGGAAAAAUCGGUAACAGUUAAGACGCCCGAGGGUCAGGUCAUCGUGCGGGAUGUGCAGAGCAUGGUAGCACAUGAAAAGUCCCUCAUCCUCGGCCAUGGGGCAACACUCGAACUGUCAAACGUCAAAUUUUUGUCUGGAUUUAGCCCCGCCUUCGUCGCCCAAAGUCCUCUUGACUCGGUGGUUCUCAGUGGCGUGGUGGCUGACAGCUCUGCGAACUCCUUGUGCCUAGCCACUCACAACCUCACUAUGAACAACGCGAUUAUCUCUGGCUGUUUGAGGUUUAUGAGACGGACAGGGAGAAACACCAAGGAGGAGAGCCGUUUGGCACUGUGUGAGGUGAGUAGCAUGGAGGAGAUGGCUGACCCCUGCCACUGUAUCGAUAUCGACCCACGCUGCAGUUUUUGUGCAGCGCUGGCAUGUGACCUGACCCCCACCAGCAGCAAUGUUUCCACGCAGCGCCCUCACCCUAUACAAGAAGUGAGCUUGGAGGAGGUGAGCGAGCACCCGGAGAGAAAGUGGUGGGAGGAACCUAUCUACUUUGGCCUGCUUGUUGUCGUCGCCGCGGUGGUCGUCUUGGUGUUGCUCUAUUGCAUCUAUCAUCUCCGCAAGCGCUCCCAGAAAGGAUCCUACCAGCUUACCCAGCAGAUCGCUAAGCGUGGAACCUUCCAGAGGACAAUCAUCACACCAGACAACCUGCAUGACGACCACGAGUUUCCAGUUGAAACACCACACCACCACCACCACCAUGACAACGGGGCUACGCGGGAGCUAUUUUUAAGUUACCGCACCCUGCACGACCCUACCUUGCAUUACCACAACCCUUCGCAUCAUGACCAAAGCUGGGAGUAUGACAUACCUCCACAAGGCCACGGCACAGCGGAGAGAUUGAGUCAUCAGCAGGGCUCCAUUCAACAACACUCUAGUAUUAUGACGCCUGAGGAUAGGCACUCACUGAGCUCCUCUUCCUCGAUGACUAUUGUUAUUUAACCAUAUGUUGUGUUUUCAUGACGCUUGGGCAGAACUAAUGUUGCUAUUGUGCGUUAUAAAGUGAAGAAACUAUACAUGUUUAUAUAUGUGCUUAAACAGUAAAGAAAAAAAAAUGUAUUUUAGGUAGUCAAAA